GCUAAAGAUCCACUGGUUGUUGUUAUCAGAUCUUUCAGAUGCAACAGCCGUCCGUCCGAUACCACCCGAGCCUCAAAAGCGCCUCUUGCGAAUCCAUCCCACAACCUCUUCCUCCCCCCCCCUGUGCCAGUAUUUUAAUUCUACCUCUAGGAGCCUACCACGAGUAUAUAUUUUGCUCCAUUAAUCAUAUAUAAUGCUGAGCAUUCGAGCGGUCGCCGCACCCUUGCGGCGCCAAUGCCUGGCCACUGCUCCUCGAGCCGCCGCAACUUUAUCUUUCCAGAACCAAAGAUUCUACUCGGACAAGGUCGCCAAGUUUACCGGUGUAAAGGGUUCUGAUGGCCGUUACCCCGUCAGUAUUAUCGAAGGUGACGGUAUUGGACCUGAGAUUUCGCAAGCCGUUAAAGACAUUUUCGAGGCUGCCAAGACACCUAUUAGCUGGGAACCAGUCGACGUCACACCUAAGCUCGUAGACGGAAAGACUACCAUCCCUUCCGAGACAAUUGAGAGCAUCCAAAGAAACAAGGUUGCCCUUAAGGGUCCUCUUGCUACCCCCGUCGGCAAGGGACACGUCUCGCUUAACUUAACUCUCCGACGAACAUUCAACCUCUUCGCUAACUUGCGACCCUGCCGAUCCAUCGCCGGCUUCAAGACGGCGUACGACAAUGUCGAUACUGUCCUGAUCCGAGAAAACACCGAGGGCGAAUACUCCGGCAUUGAGCACGUUGUUGUCGAUGGCGUCGUCCAGAGUAUCAAGCUCAUUACCCGCGAAGCCAGCGAGCGCGUCCUACGAUUUGCUUUCCAACACGCCGAGGAAAUCGGCCGAAAGAAGGUCCGCGUCGUACACAAGGCCACUAUCAUGAAGAUGUCCGACGGUCUUUUCCUUAAGACCGCCCGCGACGUUGCCAAGGACUUCCCCAGCAUCGAGUUCGACGCCGAACUGCUAGACAACACCUGCUUGAAGAUGGUUACGGACCCUCUGCCGUACAACGACAAGGUUCUCGUCAUGCCCAACCUGUACGGUGAUAUUCUGUCCGAUAUGUGCGCCGGUCUGAUUGGUGGUCUUGGUCUUACGCCCUCGGGUAACAUCGGUGACGAGUGCUCCAUCUUCGAGGCCGUGCACGGAUCUGCUCCGGACAUCGCUGGCAAGGGUCUAGCCAACCCUACCGCCCUGCUUCUCAGCUCCAUGAUGAUGUUGAGACAUAUGGGCUUGACCGACUAUGCAAACAGAAUUGAGAAGGCUACAUUCGAUACCCUGGCGGAAGGAAAGGCGCUUACUGGCGAUUUGGGCGGAAAGGCGAAGACCCACGAGUACGCGGCGGCUAUUAUUUCCAAGUUGUAGAUACCUCAUCAUGGUCCAUCAUCCAUCCAUAGUGGCGUCUGUUAGAGGGAUAUAUGCGGUUGCUCUGUAGAGUGUACAACAAUGGGAACGAUUUUGCAUGAUUCAAGUCGAGUCGGAUCCGAAAUCCGGUUAGGCAGGAUGAGUAUUGUGAUGAACUGGGCCGUUGAACUAUUCUUUCCUAAUUACUUCAGUCUCGUGAUUUGGAUGGAGGGGAUAAUAGGAAUACGAGCUAUCUAAACAUAAUUCACUUCCAGGACUAUGUUACCGUACUAACACGCUACCAUCUAAAAGCGGUACUAUCCGCAACUACGUCGUUUUCGGCUGUAAAUCAUAUCACCAAAAGCUUGGAGUUGAACUAACGUUGAAGCCAAGCAUUGCUAGUAGUAAGGCUGAAUAGGAAUCUUAGAUCAGCUUCGUGCCAAGGUUCCUCUCCC